AUGACGAGCACGCAGCUGCCGCCGCUCAAUUUCGACGCGGGUGGUCUGCGCAUAUCCCUAUUCUCACCCUCACAGCCGGGGUCCCUCGUCGACAACGAAGCGCUCCCUCCGGAUCACGACGAGUUGGAAAAGGCACACCGGCUCCAACAGCCUGCCACGGAAUCGACACAACCACACCUGUCUCCCAAUACCAUACCGAUCCAUCCCAUCCCAGCUCUCCAAGAGGCCUUCUCGGAGUCGCUUGAGGAAGCAACCAAUGGGGCCCCCGGAGACAAGCCCAAGCUCAGAGAGUUGGAUGCUCGAGGACGACGAAACGCCCUCGUCGCCCAGCACCGGGGCGACGACCCAUUCGAUGCCGCUUGGCGCCUUCGGCCGGGCCAGAAACAACACGAACUGACCAAGCUGAUUGCCCAAAUCUCGUUUGGCGUCUAUCUUCUUCUCAAUGGCAUGGCCAACAGCAAUGCUCAGGUCGUCAAUAUUCUGCAAGGCCACAUUGACGAAGUCGACGAGUUUCUAGAGGUUGCACUGGAGGACCUCGCCCAGGCAACCGAUGAUUUGAAUGAGCGCAUAGAGCACUUGAAACUCCCGCUGGCCAAUGUUCGAGUCUUUGAGCAGCUCCUUGAAGAUCGAAACUUCCGCCUGGAGAUUAUCGAGGGCAACGAGAAGAUUGACCACGUGCUUUCCAGAACAAAUGCCGCCCUGAAGCAGUGGGAUGAAGAUAUCGAGGCCGGUCUGCAGUCGACCGCCGCCUUUACCAGUUGGCUCAACGAUGAAGAAGAUGCAUCUUGGAGACCGGAGCGCCCUGACGUGGCCGAUAUAUUCGACGCCAUGAAGGGCAAUGCGGAGGGUUGGCUGAGUGCCUUUGAUGACAUGAGUGACCGUGUACAAGAAGCUAGUAACGUCAUCAUCCGACUGUCAACCAUCAUUGGCGAGAUGGAGAAGAAGGCCGGAGAAGUCAGUCGCAGGACUUGGGCAAGCAUACAGCCCUUCUCCGUUCCGUCUUCUGCCUCCCAAGGACUUGGCAGUGUGUCGACCAGGUCUUCCUCCAGACACUCUCACAACCGAUCACUGCGGCAACACACGCAUCAGCAAAGCGUUCCAAGUGUCGCGACCUCGACGAAAAGCGCGAGUACCACCGCUCUUGACUUGGAGGAAGAAUUCCUCCUUCCCGGUGGACUUCCCCUACUACCUCCUCAUUCCUCUCCUCCUCGCACCGGGCCCGCCAACGAGUCUCGCGCCAAGACAUCCACGCAAGGUACUCCCCAGUCGAAAGCUGAAGCCGAACAAACGGAUGCACCAAGCCCGAGCCCGAGCCCGAGCCCGAGCCCGAGCCUAUCGGCCAUGGAUGAACCGCUGUAUGUACUGCAGCCUCGCACGUAUGCCCCCAAGGCCCAGGAAUCUUUACCAUCCCCCGUACCGAAGCCAGCUGGGACUUGUUCCUCACCAAAACCCCAAGACCAAGUGCAGCCACAAAACGAUGCAUUUGGUCCCGACGGCCAGGCGGUCCAACAAGCCAGGUCCUCAAUCCGUUGUCGAGUAUCUCGAAAGACCACCCCUCCGGGAUCGAUACAGAUUCCCCCAAGGCCUGUUCGCCCGUCAUCACCUUGUCUUGGAACACCUCAAACAACCCAUUCAAAUGCCUUGGAUUCGGCGUACGGCUCGGACUCUGAAUCCAUCACCCUGCGGGCGGUAUCGCAACUGGGCCCAGAAGCUGCAAGAGCGUCUCCCGCUCGGCCGCAGAUUACGCACUCGCCUCGAUCAGACCACCAGCAAUAUUAUCGUCCUGUGCGUGCGUCGCCGCACUCGCCGCUGCAGCAGCGCCCCCACACCUCUUUCGGGUCUCGUGGGUCUCACAUGCAUCUACGCAACCAGCCAUCUGCCAUUGGCGGCAUGAGCACCCUGAGCAACGUGACAAACGCAGUAUAUGACGACGAUGCCAAAACCCAGUCUUCAGGGUCCCAAACCGCCGGCCCGGCUCUUCGGAAGAAGAAGAGCGCAUUCGGCUGGUUCAAGAAAGCCUUCAGCUUGGACGAGGAGGAAAGAGCGGCAUUUGAAGCACGCAAGGCAAUGCAACACCAGGAUCGCUAUUAUGACCCCAACAGCCCCAAGUUCCUCGACGGGCGAAGAAUACGGUAG